AUCUACGCACACUUCUUAAUUCGCCCGCGUGCUUUCCCGUCGAUUGUCCUUGCGCGUUUCCCCGGCGGUAUCGGACUGGGACCUUUUACUCGCACCACCACUUUUGAUACUCAUAUUCUUCCGUCCUUGCGGACCUCCGUACCAGAAACUUCACCUCGCUUCUUCUGUAACGGUGCAUACCUGAAUCGACACGCGCAGCCAAAAUGUCGAAUAACUUCCUGAACCAGGACUUUGGCGGAUCGGAGGAGGAAGAUGAUGACUUCAACCCAGUACCUGCAGACGAGUCGGAAAACGAAGAAGAUACCUCUCGCAGACAGCGAGACAGGGACGAGGAUGAAGAUGAGAAGCCAUCCAGGGGGAAUCGCGAUGAGGGUUUGAAUGGUGACGACGAUGAUGAAAGGGAAGCUGAGGCCGCGGAGGAUGAGGCUGAUGCGAUCGAUGAGGAGGAAGAGGAAGAGGAAGAAGAUGAGGAAGAUGAGGAUGAGGAUGAGGAUGACGAAGAGGCUGUUUCGGGUCGUCCGCGCAAACGCAGAAGGAGAAUGGGUGGUCUGCAUGCUUUCAUUGAUGAAGAGGCCGGUGUCGACGAGGAUGAAGACGAAGCUGAAGAAGAAGAGGAUGAGAUGGCAGAUGGGUUUGGCGCCGAGAUGCAUCCCGACGAUCUCGAUGCGCUGCCAGUGGGUGCGGAGACGGACGACCGCCGCCAUAGACAGCUCGAUCGUCAGCGUGAGCUCGAGGCCAGCAUGGAUGCGGAGAAGCAAGCUCAGGCACUGAAGGAACGAUAUGGGCGCAACCGUAUGGCUGCCACUGACUCUGUCGUGAUCCCGAAGAGGCUGCUCCUCCCCAGUGUCGAUGAUCCCAGUAUCUGGGGUGUCCGCUGCAAAGCUGGAAAGGAAAGAGAGGUUGUCUUCUCUAUUCAGAAGCGAAUUGAGGAACGACCCCCUGGCUCGCGCAAGCCUUGCAGAAUUAUCUCCGCGUUCGAACGUGGAGGUGCUAUGGCCGGAUACGUCUACGUCGAGGCACGCAGACAGGCGGAUGUCAUGGAGGCCUUGGAUGAAAUGUCUAAUGUCUAUCCUAGAACCAAGAUGAUACUGGUGCCUGUCAAGGAGAUGCCCGACUUGCUGAGGGUACAGAAAUCGGAAGAGCUCCUCCCCGGAGCGUGGGUUCGCAUCAAGCGUGGCAAGUACCAGGGAGAUCUGGCGCAAGUUGAAGAGGUCGAGACCAAUGGUCUGGAUGUGACUGUUAGACUGGUGCCGCGUCUGGAGUACGGCUUGAAUGAGGACUCUGGCGCACCUCUAACGGACCCGAAGAGAAAGCGAUUUGGCGCCGCCAACCCAACGGCUUCGCGACCUCCCCAGCGGCUGUUUAGCGAGGCAGAGGCCAAGAAGAAGCACAGCAAGUACCUCACUGCUACCUCGGGUUUGGGAGGCAAGUCGUGGAACUAUCUGGGUGAGACCUAUGUUGAUGGUUUCCUCAUCAAGGAUAUGAAGGUGCACCAUCUGAUCACGAAGGAUGUCAAGCCAAGACUGGAUGAAGUUACCAUGUUUGCUCGAGGCUCUGAGGAUGGUACCUCAAACCUUGACCUGGCCUCCUUGGCGGAGACACUCAAGCAAACCACCGCAGAGGAUGCUUAUCUCCCUGGCGAUACUGUGGAAGUAUACCAGGGUGAGCAGCAGGGAGUAGUGGGCCGCGUUGUCUCUACUCGUGGAGACAUUGUGUCUCUGCAAGUCACAGAAGGUGACCUCGAGACCCAGACCAUUGAUGCACCCGUCAAGACUCUGCGGAAGCGCUUCAGAGAAGGUGACCACGUCAAGGUUAUUGGCGGCAGCAGAUAUCAAGACGAGCUGGGUAUGGUGGUCCAGGUCAAGGAUGACACCGUGACGCUGCUCAGCGACAUGUCCAUGCAGGAAAUCACUGUUUUCAGCAAGGACCUGAGACUCUCCGCGGACACUGGUGUUGAUGGUAAGCUGGGCAUGUUUGAUGUCCACGAUCUUGUGCAGCUUGAUGCCGCUACUGUUGCUUGCGUUGUCAAGGUUGACCGCGAGUCCCUUCGUGUCCUAGAUCAGGAUGGCUCUCUACGGAAUGUACUACCUUCCCGCGUAACUAACAAGAUCACUCCACGGCGAGACGCUGUGGCCACUGACCGCAACGGCGCUGAGAUUCGACAUGGCGACACUGUCCGAGAAGUCUAUGGAGAGCAGAGGAAUGGUGUUAUUAUCCAUAUCUACCGAUCAUUCCUUUUCCUGCACAACAAGGCCCAAGUUGAAAACUCUGGUGUUCUCGUGGUGCGCACUUCAAACGUCGUCACCGUGUCGGCGAAGGGAGGCAGAGCUACUGGUCCAGACCUAUCAAAGAUGAACCCAGCACUGAUGAGAAACGGGGCCCCUGGUGGUUCGAUGCCACCGCCGCGAUCCUUUGGUCGUGAUCGAAUUAUUGGUAAGACGGUGAUGGUGCGGAAAGGUCCCUAUAAGGGUCUUAUGGGCAUCGUGAAAGACGCAACCGAUGACACCGCACGAGUGGAACUGCACUCGAAGAACAAGAUGGUCAGCAUACCAAAAGAGGUGUUGUCUAUCAAAGAUCCUGUUACAGGCCAAUCGAUCGAGAUGGGCCGUGGCAGAGGGCAGCGUACACCGUUUGGUACCUCUGCAGCGCCACCAGGCCGUGACGGCUGGCAUGGUGGCCGUACUCCCAUGGCUUCUGCCGAUUCGUCCCGGACCCCUGCCUGGGGUAUGGCAUCUUCCGCGAGAACUCCUGCUUGGGGAGGUGUCAGUGGUGCUCGUACUCCUGCGUGGAAGAACGACGGAUCGCGCACUUCCAACCCUUACGAUGGAAACCGCACCGCUUAUGGAGGAUUGAGCUCUCGCACUCCUGCCUGGAAUUCUGGAGCUCGUACCCCCUAUGCGGGAGGCUCCGAAUCAAGUGGUUUCGAUGCGUUCGCGGCUGGAUCAAGGACGCCUGCUUGGGGCGCUGCCAACUCUGGCGGCAGGACUCCAGCAUGGGGUGGCGCAUCAGCGUCUGGCAAUGGCAGCAAGGAUCGCAGCUAUGAUGCGCCAACGCCUAGUGCGAACUACUCAGCGCCUACACCGGGUGCGUAUGCCAGCGCCCCUACUCCCGGUGCUUCAGCACCCACCCCUGGCGGCUGGGGUGACAGUGCGCCGACUCCAGGAGCACUCAACGCACCUACACCAGGCGGAUAUAGACCCUAUGAUGCUCCCACACCGGCAGCUUUCGGCGGCCGUCCUUACGACGCACCGACACCCGCUGUGGCAGCUACUCCCGGUGCAGCAGCCGACGACGGAGGACCUCGCUAUGAAGAGGGCACGCCUAGUCCUUAAACACUAUCUGCGGCCUAGCCAAAAGAAAGGAGCCGUCUCCUGCCACACCACUGCAUAAUAAUCUUCCAGCUCAAAACCAA